AGCGGAGCGGAGGAUCCGGGGCGGCUCUCUCUCUCUCUCUCUCUCCUCCUCCGUCUGCCUCUUCGCAGAGGAGCUCGCUCGCGCGGGCCUGGCGCGGUCACGUGUCCCGCACGCGCCUCCUGCCCGCCGAGGAGGGAAUACUGUUUCGCAGGCAAACGAUGCCGGGCGCCUCUCCGUCCUCCUCAAUCCUGGCUUCCCUUGUAGCGCUCCUUGUGUUACCGAGCGAGCCCCUUGCCGCCGACGAAUGUGGAAGACCUGUUGUAGGCUUCGGGAAACUGCCUCGGAUUGUAGGUGGAGGAAAUGCUGAGGAUGGAGCAUGGCCGUGGCAAGUUAGUCUUCAACUCUAUCUCAUUCAUGCAGGAUAUAACCAUGUAUGUGGUGGAUCUUUAAUUCACAACAGCUCAGUGUUGACAGCAGCACACUGCUUUAGCCAAUCACUGUAUGUAUAUUCCAUUCUAAAAAAAAAUUAUUUUAGGAAUCCAGAUUUUUGGAGAGUUGUGAUUGGCUUGCAUCAUCUUGACAAAUAUAACUCGCAUACUAUAAAGCGCCGAGUCAGAGCCAUUAUAAUCCAUUCUGGUUAUAAUAUUAAUAGUCAUGACAAUGAUGUUGCUUUGCUAAAGCUAACAAGGUCUGUCCAAUACAAUAAGUAUGUUCAACCCAUCUGCUUACCUGAAACUCCACAUAAUAAUACGCCUAAUUACCCAUGUUACAUUAGUGGAUGGGGACAUACAAAAGAGAAUGGUAAUAAUGAACUAAUACUACAAGAAGCUGAAGUAAACAUAUUUUCACCAAGUAUGUGUAAUCAACGCUCUUGGUAUGGAGAUAUAUUAUCAUGGAAUAUGUUUUGUGCUGGCUCUGAAACUGGACAUGUUGAUAGCUGCCAGGGAGACAGUGGUGGACCUUUGAUGUGCUACUUCCCAAAUUCCACCAGAUUUUAUCUGGUAGGAAUCACCAGUUUUGGGGCAGGCUGUGGUCAACCAGGACGUCCAGGAAUCUAUAUUCGUGCACUUAAUUAUAAAAGUUGGAUAGAGUUGAAUCUACUUGAUAAAACCAUCAAUGUGAGCUCCCAUUGUUCCCUGCUCCUUUGGACUGUGGGAUGGAUAAUUUUUCAUACUGUUCUAUGAAGAGGAAACUUUUAUUCAUUGUGCUAGAAUGAUGUUGGCUUGUCUUUCAAACUUGCUACUUCCUCUUUGGGGUGGAAGGAAAUAUUUUUAGCAAAAUUCAUUGUUUUUAACAGCUGAUUAAAGUCUUCUCCUCCAUCCUGCAAAUUAAAUUCAAAAAUAUAUUUCACCUGUAAUUGCAAAAAUGAAACAGGUUUACAGGUUUAUAUACAGAAACUUUAUUGGUUGUAAAUAAUCACAGUUAUAUUUUCCAAAAUGGGCUUAAAUAUGCAAAUAUUUUUUUAAAAAAACAAACAAACAGAAAAUGUGUGUUAAUGUGACAGAUAUGCCUUUUUCUUCAAUACAGUAGUAAUCAUUUACAGACUUCAGAGCAAUGCUAUUUUAAGUAUAUAUUUCUAUAUUUGGUUAAUAAGAAACCAUGUACAUGAUGGAUGCCAAAUACUGUCAAACCUAACAUUUCUCAAAUAAAAUA